UCCAUCGCCUCUUGGUGAGUCGAUUUCCUUCUCAUCAUGUCUUGGAAAGAGGCGUUGUCUCAAAAUCGAAUAAACCUUUUUUAAAUGCUUACUUCGUAUUAUGAAGAUGAUCAAAGUUGGUUAACGUUUGAUUUCUUUUUAAAACAGGCUUGAAUUGUUAGAUUCUUUAGCGGCCGUGCCAUCACUUCUAAGAAGUGCAAGCGGUUGAGUCUAGCAUAGAAAGCCACCAAAAAUCAUGCGCAAGUCGUUUGAGUUCCAAACGCUUUUGCUUGUAUUUGGUGAUUCUAUCUGUUAAUAGUUUAGCUGGAUUUGUUGAAACAUUAUUAUUUUUAAAACUACAAUGAAAGUAAAUCUGCUAUACGUGAUUCGUCUAAACAAGAAGGUACACAUUGGCGUAUGAUGAUGCGAUUAAAUCAAAGCACGUUAUUUUGUUUUGACAGUUUGGGUAAAAAUAAUUUUUUUACACAAUUACCUCAAUCGAUACAAAAUCAAAGUUCUCUUAUUGAAUACGCACAAGAAGUAUCCAUAACUAACGAAGUGAGUGCUGUUGCUUUAAAUUUUAAAAAAUUAAAAUUAAAAGACAGUCAAGAAAAAUGGUUUUUAAUAUUUUGUAAACGUUUUUGUGAAAUAAAUAAUAUCUUACAAGUAAACAUUUUAUUUAAUACUAAAAUAUAUCAAAGCGGAGAAUCAACAUUGUGUGGACCGUGGAUCAUUUAUUUUUUACACUGUUUAUUUAGUAAAAAUGAUUAUUUAUUUACUGAAUAUAUUGAUCCUCAUAUCAUUAGUGCUGUUUUAAGUGAAUAUUUUAAAGAUUUGCAAUACAAUACGCUAUAUAAUAAUUCCAUUUAUAAUCUUUUACCUUUUUUUACUUUUGUUAAAAAUGAACUGUGGUCAUAUUUAGACACUUUUGCUAAAAAUUUAUUUAAAGAAGAUUUUCAAUUAUUUCAACACCAAAAUCAACACGAAAUUAACAUGUUACAUUUAACGCAUGAAGACAAAGAAGAACACUAUCCUCAAACUGAUGUUUUAGCAAAUAAAAUCUUAAAAAAUAAUACAGUAAUGGAAUAUCUAGACUCGCUUGAUUUAGUACGCGUUAAAGAAUCUAAAGAUUAUUUUUUAAGCGACGGAGAAAUUACAAAAAUAGGCGACUUGUUACUGGCAAACGAUAUUGAACAAUUCAAAUUAGAAGAUCGCCAUAGUUAUUUUAUUUAUAAUUAUGAAAGAUUUAAAAACAUGGCACAAAAUUAUUAUAUACCUGAAAACGAACGCAACGAAACAAAAGAAAUGGAAAAAUUAAUUUAUAGUUAUAAUAUUUAAUUUGUAAAAAAUGU